AUGUGGUCAUUUUUUGGAGGAUCCAGUAGUAAUAAUGCUAAGAGUAAAGAAUUACCUAAAAAAGCUAUUGUUGAAUUAAGAGAACAUAUUAAUUUAUUAACUAAAAAACAAACACAUUUACAAACACAAUUAAUUACACAAGAGAAUGAAGCACGUAAAUUCUUAUCAUUAGGUAAUAAAACGUUAGCUUUAAAUUCAUUGAAAAAGAAGAAAAUUUAUGAAAAUCAAUUAAAUAAGCUUGAUGGACAAAUUGAUUCAUUGGAACAACAACUAUUUUCUAUCGAAUCUGCAAAUUUGAAUUUAGAAACUUUAAGAGCAAUGAAACAAGGUUCAAAGGCAAUGAAAGCUAUACAUACAGGUAUGGAUAUUGAUAAAGUCGAUGAAACGAUGGAUGAUAUUAGAGAACAAGUGGAAUUAGGUGAAGAAAUUAGUGAUGCUAUAUCGAGACCAAUGUAUUCAGGUAUGAAUGAUAUUGAUGAAGAUGAAUUAGAUGAAGAAUUAGAUAUGUUAGCACAAGAAGAAACUGCUAAACAAAUUGGUAACAUACCAAUAACAGAACCAAUUGAAACUAAUAAGAUUAAUAAUGAAAGAGUGUCAGAUUUACCUAAUGUUCCAGUAAAUAAAAUUUCACCAUCACCACAGCAUAAUAACAAAGAAGAGGAAGAGGAAGAAGAUGAAGAUGAACGUGCAUUAAAAGAAUUACAAGCAGAAAUGGGACUGUAA